AUGUCGCGGAGAGGUGAUGGAGCUGUCACAGGCAGAGCCAGGAGUGGAGUGCCCAGCUUAGGCUGCUCAUCGCACCUCCAGGUAACAUACAAAUGGCUAAGCUACACUCUGGGAGUUCACGUCAACCAGGCUAAACAGAUGCUGUAUGAUUAUGUAGAAAGGAAACGAAAGGAGAAUUCAGGAGCUCAGCUUCAUGUCACCUACUUAGUAGCAGGAAACCUCAUCCAGAAUGGACACAUUUGCCACAAGGUUGCAGUAGUGAGAGAGGAUAAACUUGAAGCAAUGAAGUCUAAACUAGCCACGAUUGCGAGUGUGCAUGUCUACAGCAUUCAGAAAGCCUUGCUCAAGGACAGCGGGCCACUCUACAACACAGACUAUGAUAUUGUCAAGACAAACCUGCACAACUGCAGCAAGUUUAGUGCUAUUCACUGUGCCGCUGCAGUCCCCAGGACGUCAGCCGAAGUUCCUCAAGUGCAGACGUCUGUACAGGCUGGUUCCCAGACACCAAGUGACACGAAUGCUGUCAGCGUACCUGUGGUCAACGGCCACGGUCCAUCGACCGCAAAACAGACCGCGCAGCAGCCCAAAGGGAUCAUGGGAUGUUUGCAGCAAAAGCGGCUUCCAAACCCCAGGACACAAAUAAAGAAACUAAAGCAGGCUAAGGAGGCCCCAGGCGUGUCUGCAGUAAGCAGCAAACCACCAGCAAAGGGCAACAUAAUGAACAACUUCUUUGGAAAAGCUGCCAUGAAUAAACUCAAAGUCAACUCUGUGCCUGAGCAGCCAAAGGAGGAGAAAGAAGUAGUCAAGCCUUCAGUUCCUGUAGCAGAACCAGAGUCAUCCCCUAGUCCUGUAGUAGAGAAACCUGGGAAGAAAACAGAGUCUGCUAGAAUUCAGCAAAAGGACAAAAAAAGUAAAAUGAAGAGGAUGGACAAGUCGGAUAAUGAGGAAGAAAGAGUUCCUGAAAAUCUAAAGAAAAAGAGGAAGCGAAUCAAACAACUUCAGUCUGACAGCAGUGAUGAGGAAGAUGUCCCACCAUCUCCCAUGCCUGAGGAAGAGAAAGCUCCAUCUCUACCUCCUGUACCUGCUCUGAAAACUGAACUGGAGCCUGCAUCCAUGGAGGUUUCAGCUGGAGGGAAGAAGAGGAAGCGGAAGCGUGUGCUGAAAUCCAAGAUGUUUAUUGACGAAGAAGAAGGCUGCAUGGUGACAGAGAAGGUUUACGAGAGUGAAUCCUGUACGGAUAGCGAGGAUGACUUUGCCAAGUCCAAGCCACCAGCUGCACAGAAACAGCCUGUGCUGCCUAUGAGGAAAGAACCAAAGGAAGAAAGGAAGAACCUGAAGAAAGGGGCAGCCACUGCUAACAGAGCCAACAAACAGGUCUCCAUCAUGGGUUUUUUUCAGAAGAAAUGAACUGGGUCUUUCUCCUGGUCCUCUUGGCAGCUUGGGAGUGUUUCUCUUUUUGUGUGGCUUUCUGAAAGCUGCUGCGUUGGAGGAGAACAACAUGCAAUCUUCAGUUACGUAAGAUAUCUUGCUUACUGUGUAAGUAAGCCCUCUGGACUAGAUUUUGUAUCAGAGAAGAGUUUUAUUUGUUACUGCAAUAAUUUCAAUCGUCUUUACUAAGCAGUAUGGGAAUCACCAGCUAGAAGCAAAAUCUAGAGGAACUCUUGAAAGACUGUUAAUCUAUUCACAUGAAAUUUUAUUUUUUUAAUAUGGUCUUUCACCUGUUCAGUGCUGAAGCCUGUUCCACGAGUGGUAGAUGGACUAAAUUAGCAGUUGAGUUGUGGCAUUUUUUUUCCCCUCUUUUUACAAUCCCAGCUCUGUAGAUUGAUCUAAAUGUUCACAUUGGUUAGAAGCUGUAAUGUAGCAGGUCUUCAGGCAUACACACAAAUAUUGAACAUCUGCUUCAGCUUUAACUGAAUGAAGUGAACUUAAUUUUCCCCCUAAGACUGCUAAAUAGUUUUUGCUCUGCCUUUCAUAAUCUUUUUUUGGACAAAGCAGGGCAUAUAAAAUUCUCUUACUCUUUUCUUCCUUGAACAUAUCCUCUGUAAAUUGCUCAGAUGCCUAAUUAUAGACUGGGACACUGUUGGUGCUCUGUCUUUGCAAAAACAUCUUUGAGGCUUCCCACACAAUUGGCUCCAGUGUAAUUGGGGGAAGGCUUCGCUGUUAUUGGGCAAGCAACUCUAUCUUUAACCUUGAAAGUUAAUGAGUCAAAGGGAAGGGUGAUUAGAGGGCAGUUCUGAUAACACCAGUGAGGUACCUGCUGUUGUUGUCUGUGAAGAAUUGCAUGCUGCUUUCUGGUUUUGUAGGUUUUGGGUUGCCUGAAGUUGUUUUACAGGCAUAAACCAGACAACAGAAGAGUUGUUUUCUAGGACAUCUCGUCAUCUGCCUGCUGAAGGAAGUGUGUCACAGCGAAUGGUCCUGAGGAACCAGUUAUUGGAGAUGAAUAAAGCACUGCAGUCCCGUUAAUCAGAAAUGAGUCGUCAUUUUG